AUCUCCGAGUUUCUGUUUGCUCUGGCCAUGGUGAACGCAAGACAUCAGCUGGACUUGGCGCGGACGCUGGUGGCGCAAUACAUGGCCAGUCCUGGUGGAGUUCAACCCAUGAGCGGUGGAUCCCUCAUUGAUGUGGCCUGGGCUCUCGUCGCGCUUGACUUA